GGGCGGUACUUGGCCAUGAACAGGAGGGGUCGGCUCUAUGCUUCGGAGCACUACAGCGCUGAGUGCGAGUUCGUGGAGCGGAUUCACGAGCUGGGCUACAACACAUACGCGUCACGCCUGUACCGCACGGCGCCCAGUGGGCCGGGAGUGCGGAUGCAGCCGGGGGCCGAGAGACUCUGGUACGUGUCUGUGAACGGCAAGGGCCGGCCCCGCAGGGGCUUCAAGACCCGCCGCACCCAGAAGUCCUCCCUGUUCCUGCCCCGAGUGCUGGACCACAGGGACCACGAGCUGGUGCGGCUGCUCCAGACCAGCGCGGCCCAAGUACCAGGCAGGGGUGUGCAGUCCCGCCGGCGGUGCCAGAAGAAGCAGGGCCCAGGAGGCCGCCGCAGCCGGGAGCCUCUGCGUGUUCGGGCCACCGCGGGGCUCUGAGCUGGCAACAGGGGGACUCGCUCUGACCCUCGGAGACUGGAAUUUCAAUCAAGGGGCACAUGGG